AGUCUGCGUCAAAAUGUUAAGAUUAACGUUUGUGUGCCUUUGUUUUCUCGUUCUUCAAAAUAGAACAGAAAGUUUUGGCAGUCCUUGGAAGUAUUUCGGAUCAUCAAAUGUAGAAGUGAAUUAUAAUCAAAGGCAAGAUCGUCAGUAUUUUCUCCUGAAUUUGCUCAUUCAAGUCCACAAACCUUUGCUUCACGAGGAACUCAUUACAAUGGGGAGCCAACUUAACGAUGAUCCUGACAGCUAUAAGGAAGGCACCUGGAGAUAUAUAAAAGAUUUUCGAGAGCGAGUGCAUCAGAAUCGAGUUCCGGGUCCGUUUGUCAUUUUAAAUCAGCUCGAUGAGGAAAUGCCCCUGAAUUUGUUGGGAAUCUAUCGUUUUUUGACCAUGGCUGUGGAUUGGACAUCCUUCCAGCGAAAUGCUUGCUUUGCCAGGAUACACUUUCAUCCUCUGCUAUUUGUAAACGCCCUUCAAAUGGCAGUGGAGGAAAGGGAGGACACCAAAGACCUUCGGAUGCCAGCCAUGUAUGAGGUGCUGCCUCAGCUGUAUUUCGAAAAGGAGGUAAUCCUGACGGCACAGGAAGUGACUUGGAACCAAUUGAGCCCCAUUAGGUUGGUGACACCGAAACGAAGAUGGAUUGAUAUCCUUUUGGGAUAUCGAAACCCCAAGCAACCUUGGAUGGAAGAGGAACCUAUUCCAACCGAUCCUCUGAUCAUUGAUAAUGCACGAAAAGUGGCUUAUCUGAGCCUAGACUUGGAACUGAACUCACACUGGAACAGUCUGAUAACUCGUCUGAUUAUUUCCAUUGAAGAAGGAAAGGAAAAGACGAAUGAACCUAUUAUUAUAGAUGGCGAUCGGCUGGUAGCAUUUCGUGGUUCCUUCGAUGAAGUCAACUUUAAAAAACAUUUGGCGUUGGGAUCUCAUUUUCAUAACACGAAAUUAUAUUUAUACAAUCUGCAUCAGUUUGUGGCUGCUUUGUCUAUGGAAGAUUUGGCAACAGGGCAAAAAUCUACGGAACUUAUCUAUCCGCCGCUGAUGACAACCGGUGGUGUACCCUACAAAGGAACAUCCUUGAAUAUCGAAGCUGUCAGAGGUAUCAUAGACUUGACAAUAGAUGGCCUAAAGGAUAAAAUCGAAAUGGCUGUAAAACAUAAUAACCAUGCUAUGGAUAAUUUAUCUAUAGCGGGUGGAAUAAUAGGUAAUAACUACCUUCAUAUAUGUCGCCAAUUAAACCUGGCUGUCAAUGGACAGGGAAUAAAUCAACCUAGUAUGUUGGGCUCGGCUACGUCCAAUCUUAGAGAUCCCAUCUACCGCUCGCUCUUAUUUCGGAUAUAUGAUUUGCUGAAGAGUUACGAAAAUGAGAAUAUAUUUCCAGAUGUAGGAGGUAGAGAGACCCCAAAAAUAGUUGAUAUUCAAGUUAGUCGCCUGGUGACCUUCGAAGAAACCAUGACCACGGAUCUCAUCAAUCUAAUUGACCAGCAACUGCUUUUGUCACAUCGCAAUAAUUUACAAUUCCUGCGUCGUAAUCUUGUGGCAAGACAACAUCGUCUUAAUCAUGAUCCAUUUAGUAUUGGCCUGGAUAUAGUUGCUCCAGAGAACCUGGUCGUUGAGGCGAGGAUGUAUUUAAGUCUACCGAAUCAAUUGAGACUGCGUUUACAUCUGGAUAGCUUUAAGUGUUCCCUAAAAAGGGGCUUAAAUCACUUCGAACGCCAAUUCCCAACAGCCAUUUCCAAACCCACUCUAAGUGAGCUUUAUGAGGCCGACUACGCAUCAACAGAUGUGACCACUUCCAACCGAUUCCCGCCACAUCUUCAGUUACCGAGGGGAACUGGAGACGGACUCAAAUUGCAAUUACUCGUAGAACUUAGCGAAUGGAAUGGCCUGGAGUCGCAUUUCGAUGGGGCGUCUGUCACGGUCCUGGCCAAAACCCUGAAGGAUGUGAUAAUCUUUCAUAACCAGGCCUAAAACUAUUAUGCGAUAAUGUAUGCUAAGUGCCUAAACUUCUUAAUUGAAUGCUCGCUAGUUGAAACACAUGCGUUUCAAUGGGGGAAUGGGUUCCAUAUCAAUAUUGUUUUCAAAGCACGCACACAAACGGAAUUAAAGUGGUGGGCCUGAAAAUUUCAUUUUGUCUUAAAUGUUAAUUUAAAUUCGAAUUUCUCAAGGAAUAUACAUUUUAAUUUUUGGUAUAAUAAUAAACGAAAUGAUACUAAAAAAGCUAAUCAAUUAGUUAUUGAUCACCAUGUAUUUUAUUAUUCCAAUUCCAUAAAUCGAAGUUCGAUUACUUCAUUAAGAGGUAAUAUAUAUAUUUAACUUUCCUACUUCGUCACAGAUAAUUUUCUUGGCAAACACAAGCACACAGAUUUUUAGUAUCCUUUCUGUGGAAAAUCAAAUAAAUGACUGACAAAAUGGAACACAAAAUGGAAUGGGAAUCCUGCCGCCCCAAAACACAAACUUGAAAACGAAGGAAAACGGUUUAUUAUACGAAUGCGAUGACAACAAAAAGGCAUAAUAGUAAAAUUAAAUGUGUCUAUUAUGCCAGGCCAAUACAAUGCAUACAUAAAACCACACUCAAACCUAGCAAAACCGAGAGCUAUACAAUCUCAAAUACACUAAGAAAAAUUGCAAUGCAAAAUAAACUAGUUUUAUUUAAAUGUUAAGCGUUCUUUAGCAUAUCAAAGGAACUCAUACUGAAAAUCUCGAAUGACAGAACUCU